UCAAAACGACCCAAGAGUCAUUACCUUGUCCCCCUAUCUUAUCGCUUAGAUCCAUUUGAACAAUCAUGUCUAACCCCAAGUGUUACUUCGAUAUUAGUAUCGGUGGAAAGCCCGCCGGACGUAUUGUGAUGGAACUUCGUGCGGACGUUGUGCCCAAGACGGCCGAAAACUUCCGCGCUCUCUGCACUGGGGAGAAGGGAUUCGGAUUCUCUGGGUCCAGUUUCCACCGUGUUAUUCCAGGCUUUAUGUGCCAGGGAGGUGACUUCACCAACCACAACGGAACUGGUGGAAAGAGCAUUUACGGCACCAAGUUUGCCGACGAAAAUUUCCAGUUAAAGCACACCGGCGCUGGAACCCUUUCCAUGGCUAACGCUGGUCCGAACACUAACGGAUCCCAGUUCUUCUUGUGCACGGCGGAAACCUCCUGGUUGGACGGCAAGCAUGUUGUUUUUGGUUCUGUGGUCGAAGGAAUGGACGUCGUUCGUGCGGUGGAAGGAGUCGGUAGCGGCAGUGGGGCCACUCGUGCCAAAGUCAUGAUCGAGUCCGCCGGACAGCUCUAGGACCUGAUGGGUGUGCACGUGUGCUGACUUCGUCAUCGCACUCGCUCGAAAGGGAAAGCAUGGACUCGUAGAAUGCAUAUGUUGAAGGAUAAUAAUAAAGCUUAUCUAGUUUCGUCGCAAAAAAA